CUCUCUCUCCUGGUCUAACGUUGACUACUAAUUUGAUCCAAUUCAAACCCCAAUUCUCUCUCUCUCUAUCUGGUGUCAUCAUUGAUGGAUUAUUACUGAAAGUGGAACCCUACUUCUCUUCUUUUAUCCCUAACACUUUUCAACUAUCUUUUUCAGAAUCAAAGCAGCAGGUGAUAGAUAUCAUUGUAUCCAUGAAUACAUUCUGAGGCUGAGGUCAUUGAUUACCUCUGUGAAAUUUACACUCAACUAUCAAAAAUUGAAGCUGGCAAAUCGUGUCUUAUCGGGUUUAACAGGUCUCUGACGACGCGAAUAACACAAGUAUUAAACAUGAAUACAACUUGUUUAACUACUUUAUUAUAUCUCAUGUCUAUAAUACAAUUGUAUGUUUUAUGUACCAAGAAGAUGAAAUGAUGGAUCGUAGCCUCUUAAUUCUGUUUAUUUUUAGAAAAGUAAAAAACCAAGUAGUGUACUUUUUCAGUAAACAGGUUUAAUCGUGUCUUAUACAGAUAUCUAUUGCCAGCCCAGUAUGUUGUUCGUUUUGGAGCCGAGGGUCUCUCUGGAAGCAGCCUCUCUAUCCCUAGGGAUAGAGGCAAGGUCUGUCUACAUCCCACCCUCCCCAGACCCUAUAGGUAGCUUUGCUAUUUGUGGGAUUUACUGGGUAUGGUUGUUGUCGUUGUUGUUUGUUAAAAAGCUAUUCAUUACCAAUUGUUUGUAUGUCAGAUGUACAAUCUCUUGCUAUAUGCAGCAGACUUCCUAUGUAGAUGCUGAAGACCAACUGUUUGUUAAAAAAGCUAUUGAUUAAGUCCAUUUUAAGAAUGUAACUAAUGGGCCUUGUCUAAUAUUAAUAUGCAGUUUAAAAUAUGAAAUGAAAAUUUAGGUGCAGUGUAGAAAGAAAGAAUCUUAAUGGCUGGAAGCUAUGAUCUUGGGAGCGAAUCUGACGACAAUUUUCAAUACGAAAGACAACAUAUAGAGCCUACUUAUGAUGCCUUCAUAUGCCCGCUUUCGAAACAAAUUAUGAAAGACCCUGUAACCCUAGAAAACGGCCAAACAUUCGCACGAGAAGCCAUUGAAAAAUGGUUCAAUGAAUGCAAAGAAAACGGAAGAAAGCUGGUCUGCCCUUUGACGUUAAGAGAAUUAAAGACGACGGAUAUGAAUCCAAGUAUCGCUUUAAGGAACACGAUUGAAGAAUGGAAUGCCAGGAAUGAAGCUGUUCAGCUUGACUUCACCCGCAAGUCUUUGACUCCUAGUAGUUCUGAAACCGAUGUUUUGCAGGCUUUAAGGUUUAUUCAACAACUUGCUACAAAAAAUGUUUCAAACAAACAUAUUAUUCGUAAUGCGGAGCUCAUACCUAUGAUUGUUGAUAUGUUGAAGAACACAAGCCGUAAAGUUAGGUUUAGAGCUUUGGAAACUCUUAGAAUUGUCGUAGAGGAUGACAAUGAUAAUAAGGAAAUUAUGGCAGAAGGGGAUAAAGUGCGCACAAUUGUUAAGUUUUUGAAUCAUGAACAGUCUAAAGAAAGGGAAGAAGCUGUCUCAUUGCUUUAUGAGCUCUCAAAAUCAGAAUCGUUGUGUGAAAAAAUCGGUUCGGUUAAUGGAGCAAUUCUUAUUCUAGUUGGAAUGACAAGCAGCAACUCAGAAAAUCUUCUGAUUGUUGAGAAAGCCGACAAAAUUCUCGAAAACUUGGAGAAAAAUGAGAAUAACGUAAGACAAAUGGCUGAAAACGGCAGAUUACAACCUCUCUUGACACUUCUUCUUGGCGGUUCUCCUGAGAUCAAACUAUCUAUGGCUUCGUACCUCGGUGAACUAGCACUUAGCAAUGAUGUAAAAGUAUUCGUGGCCAGAACCGUUGGCUCAUCGUUAAUCGACCUGAUUAAAACUAACGAUAUGCAAGCACGAGAAGCCGCCUUGAAAGCCCUAAAUCAAGUUUCAUCAUGUGAAUCAAGUGCAAAAGUGUUGGUUGAUGAUGGCAUACUUUCACCAUUAGUCCAAGAUCUCUUUGCUGGCCCGAACCGCCUUCCUAUGCGCCUAAAAGAAGUGUCCGCCACGAUCCUCGCCAACAUAGUCAACUCUAACUCUGACUUUGUCUCCAUCCCGGUGGGCCCGGACCAUGAAACGCUCGUGUCAGAAGGCAUAAUUCACAAUCUACUCCAGCUAAUCAGCAACACCGGCCCGUCUAUAGAAUGCAAGCUUCUACAAGUUCUUGUCGGGUUAACAAACUCUCCGGCAACCGCGAUCGCGGUGGCUGCCGCUAUCAAAAGCUUGGGUGCCACCGGAAGUUUGGUUCAGUUUAUCGAGGCCCCGCAAAAGGAUCUACGUAUGGCUUCGAUAAAACUUUUACAAAACCUCUCGACCCACAUGGGUCAAGAGUUAGCGGAUUGUUUAUGCGGGCCUUCUGGUCAGCUGAGUAGUUUGUUUAAAGUAAUAGCCGAAGACAUUGCGAGCACUGAAGAACAAGCGGCCGCCAUCGCAAUCGUGGCAGAUGUACACGAAAUGGACGCCAGACUCACGCGACAAAUGAUAGACGAUGGAUAUUUUGGAAUUGUGGUGUCGAGAAUUAAAAUGAUCAGGCAAGGUGAAACAAGAAGAAGCCGGUUUGUAACACCGUAUUUAGAAGGACUCGCACGGGUCCUAUCACGGAUUACGUUUGUUUUAACAGAUGACCCGAAAUUCAUUUCGUUUUGUCGCGAUCAUGACCUUGCAGGCAUAUUCACCGAACUACUUCAAGCAAACGGGGUCGAUAACGUACAGAUGGUUUCCGCUCUCGCGUUAGAAAACCUCUCACAAGAAUCGAAAAAGUUGACGAUAUUACCCGAAGUGCCGUCGCCUGGGUUUUGCGGGUUAGUUUUUCCUUGUUUAAGUAACCAACCUGUGAUGACGGGUGUAUGUCGGGUCCACGGUGGGACGUGUACACAACGAGAUACUUUUUGUCUAAUAGAAGGACAAGCUUUGGCCCGUUUAGUAGCGUUACUAGACCAUACAAACGAUAAAGUCGUAGAAGCAUCCUUAGCGGCUUUAUCCACUUUAUUGGAUGAUACUGUGAACAUAGAAGAAGGGGUGAGUGUUUUAUGCGAAAUCGAAGGAAUAAAACCGAUUCUUGAUGUUUUACUUGAAAAACAAACUGAAACUUUAAAAAGACGGGCUGUUUGGAUGGUGGAAAGACUUUUACGGACCGAAGAUAUUGCUUAUGAAGUUUCUGGCGACCCGAAGGUGACCACUGCACUGGUGGACGCGUUUCGACAUGGUGAUUACCGAACCCGACAAAUCGCUGAACGGGCCUUGAAACAUGUAGACAAGAUACCAAACUUUUCGGGUAUCUUCCCCAAGAUGGGGUAAAAGUUACCCUGUGUUUGUAGUAUGAACUUAUAACAGGUGUUGUUUGUAUUUUGUAUUCUUUAUUGUGCAGUUUUCCUUCUCUCUGCAUAAUCGUUAAAUUCAUUUAGGAGACAUUCUUCAUUGAAGACAAUAAAAUAUAUUCUUUUUUUUUCUA